CACAGCCCCACCGAUGAUGCCUCCUCGUCUCUCAGAUGAACCCUUCACUGUGCCGCGGUCGUCUCCUCGUCUUCUCUGAUCGUUUGCGAUUACGCUUCAGUACAGAGCACCACCUGAAGCCCCCGCCCCCCCACGGUACCCGGCAGAGACCCCUCUAGAGACCCCGUUAGAGACCGGACUCCGAAGCGGAGCUGGGGAGGAAGCUGGAGCCAUGGGUUUCUCCUCCAGCCUUGGAUGAUCCGAACUAAGCUGGACCCACAAGACUCGGCCAAGCGGCCCCUGCCUCCAGCGGGGGCUCCCCUCUCCCCGUCGCCCUCCCCAGCUAUGGCAGGCUUCAAGCGGGGCUACGAUGGCAAGAUCGCUGGCCUGUACGACCUGGACAAGACGCUGGGCCGCGGCCACUUUGCCGUGGUCAAGCUGGCGCGCCACGUCUUCACCGGGGAGAAAGUGGCGGUGAAGGUGAUCGACAAGACAAAGCUGGACACGGUGGCCACAGGCCACCUCUUCCAGGAAGUGCGCUGCAUGAAGCUGGUCCAGCACCCCAACAUCGUGCGCCUGUAUGAAGUGAUCGACACUCAGACCAAGCUUUACCUCAUCUUGGAGCUCGGCGACGGAGGGGAUAUGUUUGACUACAUCAUGAAACACGAGGAGGGUCUGAACGAGGAGCUCGCGAAGAAAUAUUUUGCCCAGAUUGUCCAUGCUAUCUCCUACUGCCAUCGGCUGCACGUGGUGCACAGGGACCUCAAGCCCGAGAACGUGGUGUUCUUUGAGAAACAAGGGCUGGUCAAGCUCACCGACUUUGGAUUCAGUAACAAGUUCCAGCCGGGGAAAAAGCUGACAACUAGCUGUGGAUCUCUGGCGUACUCUGCGCCGGAAAUACUGCUGGGUGAUGAGUAUGAUGCUCCAGCCGUAGAUAUCUGGAGUCUCGGUGUGAUCCUCUUCAUGUUGGUAUGUGGCCAGCCCCCCUUCCAGGAAGCCAACGACAGCGAGACUCUCACCAUGAUCAUGGACUGUAAAUACACUGUACCGGCUCACGUCUCCAGCACCUGCAAAGAUCUGAUAGACCGCAUGCUUCAGAGGGAUCCCAAGCGACGGGCCUCCCUGGAGGAGAUCGAGAGCCACGCCUGGCUCCAGGGAGUCGACCCGUCCCCCGCCACCAAGUACAACACUCCCCUGGUUUCCCACAAGAACCUGUCCGAGGAGGAACACAACAGCAUCAUCCAGCGCAUGGUGCACGGAGACAUCGCCGACCGAGAGGCCAUAGUGGAAGCCCUGGAGACCAACAAGUACAACCAUAUCACAGCCACAUACUACCUGCUGGCAGAGCGCAUCCUGAGGGAGAAGCAGGAGAAGGAGGUGCAGACUCGCUCGUCCAGCCCCAGCAACCUCAAGGCACACUUCAGGCAGUCGUGGCCCACCAGAGUGGACAUGCACCAGGACAUCGAGGACAGCCUGGCAGCGUCCUCCAUGGCCCACGCCGGAGGCCCCCAGUCGCCGGCCCGCAGCGCAGAGAACCUGCUCAACGGACACCGCUCCAAAGGCCUGAUGGAGCUGGGCCGCCGCGAGGACGCCACGCUGAGGGACUCGGCACAGGGAGCCACAGCUGCAGCGUCGGGCCCCGCUUCUGGCUCUGGGACCGCCAGGGCCCCCACAGCGUCCACCUCAGCAACAGCCAAGCAGCGCAGCUGCCUGUUCAGGGUGGAGGAGGAUGAGGAGGAGGAGGAAGAGCAGGACCCGGCUCCCCUCCCGUCCCAGGUGGUCCUGAGGCGCAAGCCCCCCUCCAUCACCAACCGCCUCACCUCCAGGAAGAGCGCCCCCGUGCUCAACCAGAUCUUCGAGGAGGAGGGCGAGUCGGACGACGACGCGGAGCAGGACGAGGGCCUGCCGCCCAAACUCAGCCGCCUGAAGAUGAACAUGGCGGGGAACGCCGGCGGCCUGAGCGCCGCCUCGGCCUCGUCUCCCAGCUCCACGCAGAAGCGCUACCACCGCCGCAAGAGCCAGGGGAGGGGCUCGUCGUGCUCCAGCUCGGAGACCAGCGACGACGACUCGGAGAGCCACCGCCGGCGGCUGGACAAAGACUCGGGCUUCGGCUACGGCUGGAACCGGAGGGACAGCAGCGAGGGGCCGCCUGGCAGGGGGGGCGCGGGCGGCGGCUCAGGGCAGGGGGGCGGCACCUCCGGGCCAGACAGGGAGAGUCCUCCUGCAGGGGGCGGGAGCGGAGGGGGUGAGGGGGAGGGUGGAGGGGGCAGCGGGGGAGGAGGAGGAGGAGGGGGGGGGAAUAAAGGACAGGACAGUCCCUCCAGCUGCUGCUGCAGCAACAACAGCAGCGGCAGCCCCGCCCCGGGCUCCCUGGCGCGCCCGUCCCGCACGGCCAGCCGCGGCGGCGAGCUGGUGGAGAGCCUGAAGCUGCUGAGCCUGUGCCUCAGGGGGCGGGGGGGGCAGCUGAUCAUCGACCCCGGCAGCCUAUCGGGAGGGAGCGUGAAGAUCCAGGAGAAGUCCUCCUGGAGGAUGUGCAUCGGCUCCAGCGCCCCCACCACCACCACCACCGCCAGCGCCACCACAGCCGCCCCCGCCCUGCCGCGUGCCCACGCCUCGCACCCCCACCGCAGAACAGCGGCGCCCGGCCCCCACCGUGCCAGGGACGCUCCCAGCAGCCUGAGCGCCCUGAAAAGCGGCAUGCUCCAACUACCUCUGUGUGAGAAGAUCUCGGUGAACAUCCAGGGCGGGGGUGGGGGGGGCGGCGGGCGGGACGGCCUGCUCUGCACCGCCGCGCCCGCCAGCUGCUGCCACGUCAUCUGACGCUCCGCCUCCGGGGUCCCCGAGGGACACCCCUUCCUGUCGAGCUGUCACGCCCGCCCUUCCGCUGUCUGUCUCCACCCCCAUCACUGUGUCCAGCUGCCCCCCCCCCACCCCCUACACACACACACACACACGAGUGCACCCGCUAUAUCUUUUACACUUCUCUUAAUAACAAAAUGCUGCUUUCAUCUUCGAAUGAGUUCAAGCUUUGACCCCGAUGGUAAAGCUGGGAAACCUCAACGAUGUAUUACGAGCAGAAAGUCAACGUUAUGAGAACAAAGUCGUACAUUUUGGGAGACAAAAGUCGUAAUAACUUCGGAACAAAGUGGUCAUUUUUCCCGAACAUCUUUUAUUUAUUUUUUUCUUUAAAUAUGAGACACAUCAGUCGACACAGCAGCUCCGAUUCUCCGCGGUUAGCCGCCAGCUGGAUUAGAAAGUGGAUCACGUUUUUUUUUUUUUUAGGACUCUCUGACCUCUUCAGAAGAGGAAAGGUUUUAGUUUUGACUCCAUAUUGCACUCAGACAAUUUUAUUUUAAUUUAACAUUUUUGUAAUUUGUUUUUUUUUAAAUGAUUCCCAACGAUUCAGCGUAUCUGUGGAACCCUUUAAACGUGGACGGCGACACACCGCCUCACGAAACCUGGCGGUUUGUCGACGCGCGCGCACUCCUCUGUAGCAAGGCGGCGCGUGGAGAUGUUAACUGCUGACCGUAUAUAUUUCAAAUGAGGUAUUCUGAUUUUUGAUUUUUUUUUUUUAUCGUUUUUAAUGUGUUGCUGUCGUUGCUGGUUAGGGAACGUCGGUUCCGUCUGAUUCUUUCGAGUCCGUCUGCACCACAGCGUAGCCGACACGCGUGCAGCGUUUGUAUAUACAGGAUGUUGAAGAGUAAAGUUUAUUUUUUAAAACUUGUACAUUUCUGCUGUUUGAGGAAGUGGGCGUGGCCCCGUGUGACGUGCGUCAUUGGGCAGAUUAAAGGUGCACCAGGAGUUCCCGCGCAACGUCACUUCUGUUGACGUUCCGAGUACAUUUUCAAAACAAAAACGGAGCAAGCUCGCCCCCCCCUCCUCCCCCCCCCCCAACCACCACCACCACAUGUAUCCAUAACGGUCAUGACUAACUGACUGCCCAGACAGGCCGACCCCUCGGCAGAAACGUCGGACUGAUCAGUCUCCCCCGAGUUGGUCAAAAGAAAGUGCCUCGGAACACACCGAAGAGACGAGACGUAAUACGUCUCCAUAGCAGCAGGCGGCGCUAAUCUGUAUUGUCGCCCAGAAAUGAA